GCUUUGAGCUAUCUAGUCUUUUGUCUGAUCAAAGCAAGAUCAACAUUCGUAUAUUUCGUGCUCAUUGCAUUAAGCUAGUCUGAAUAAUAAUUGAUGGCUUGUUGGUCAGCCGAGAACGCCACUAAAGCUUAUCUCAGAGCCUUGAAAAUGGGCAAAAGAGGGAAAGAGCCUGAUGUAGCAGAGUUCAUCUCUGCACUUGCAGCAGGAAACAAUGCACAGCUAAUGGUGAUGGCAUCUUCUGGAGCCAUUGACAAUACACCCAUGGCGCUCGGUUUAAUUGCAGCAGCCCAUCAAACCAAAGGACGGGUCAUGAUGAUCUUGAGUUCAUUCCAAGAACUGCAAGUGUACGAGAACUCUCUCGGACCUCACUCCAGGUUCGUCGAGUUCUUGGUUGGAGACUCCGCUGCCCUUCUGCUGGAUGAGCUCAAAAGUGCUGAUUUUGUUCUCAUCGACUGCAAGAGCGACCACCAAGAACAGGUGUUUAAGGCCGCGAGCGGAAACUCCAAUGGAGCUCUCAUUGUGGGCUAUAAUGCUCAGCAUGAGGGAGGCAAAUGGAGCAGGAGUGAACUAACAGACACGCAGUUUCUCCCGAUCGGGGAGGGACUGCUGGUGAGUCGGGCAGUCAUGAAUAAAGGUUGUCGCAAGAUCGGGGGCUUAACCAAGAAGAGCUGUUGGGUUGUGAAAGUGGACGAAUUAACUGGGGAAGAGCACGUGUUCCGUAUCGUUUCCCCUCGAACGAGGGAUCAUACGAUCAGAGCUUAACUUCCUCAGGAGAUUUUUGGGCGAAUUUGAUUCGAGUAUUACUGACCUGUAAUCUGUAGAUAAACUAGUGAUCGAAGGCCAAUCUACAGGGUUUUUUCAUAAAGUAGAUUGUCAAUGCGAAGUCCUAGUCCUAAAUUGUGCUCGGUGCUAGUUUUGUGCAA